AUGUAACGAUUCAUCGAAAAUCGAUUUAAAAUCGAUGUAAACUGCGUAAAAUGCGCAUCGAUGUAAAAAAUAAAAGCAUCGAAACUUUGUUUACGCAUGCGCUGAACGUCACUACGCAUUACGUAUAACCACGGCGGCGGCACCAAACAAACAAGACGCAAAGAUGGCAGCGGUAGAAGACGACUUCGAGAUAGAAAGCCCUCCAGUGAAUUUAAAGUCUGCAGUGUGGCAGCAUUUUGGUUUCCCAGUAUUUACAAAAGAAAAUGGAGAGAAAACUACUGACAGGACAAAGACUGCAUGUAAGCAUUGUAAGAGACUGCUGUCGUACACAAAUUGCACGACUAACAUGUCACAGCAUCUUAGCCGACACCACGGUGAGCUGAGUUUGCCGCCGACUCCCCCACAGGAGCGACGCUUAGCAAAGGGACAAACUACACUGGGGAAUGUAUUUGCACGUCCGCUAGCCGACUCCAGUGCAAGGGCCAAAGCGAUCACGCGGUCCAUCGCUGUGUAUAUGGCUAAAAACAUGAGCCCAUUUUCAACCGUGGAAAACGAAGGCUUCCAGGACAUGAUAAAAACUUUAGAGCCGAAAUACACGCUGCCGUCCCGUCCCCACUUCAGUCAGAAGGUGAUGCCCGAACUGUACAGGCAAGUCAAAGCUGAUGUUACAGUGCUUGAAAAUGCGGAUAGUGUGGCGAUUACAACAGACGGAUGGACAUCUAGAGCAACGCAAAGUUACCUCACUAUUACUGCUCAUGUGAUCACCCCAGAGUGGAAAAUGGCCAGUUUUGUGCUUCAAACGCGUCCCCUUUUUGAAACCCACACCGGGACAAACAUUGCCCAAGUACUGAGAGAGGCUGUAGCAGAGUGGAAACUAGAUCGACCAAAACAUAGCAUCGCCGUUGUUACUGAUAACGCAAGAAACAUGGACGUUGCCGUGAGAGAGGCUGGACUCGGGCCCCAUAUUAAAUGCUUUGCUCACACCCUGAACCUGGCGACGCAGGCUGGUCUGGCUGUCCCCCGGGUCUCUCGUCUCUUAGGUCGCAUCAGGCGCAUUGUGGCUUUUUUUCACCGCAGCCCUUCUGCAACCGCUGUGUUAACUUCAAAACAAAAGGCGCUUGACCAAGGCAACCAGCACAAGCUUAUUAUGGAUGUUACGACCCGCUGGAACAGCAGUCUGGACAUGGUUGAACGCUAUCUGGAGCAACAGGUCGCGGUUGCAGCAGCUCUUCUCAGCGCGGACAUAAGACGAAAUGCACGUGAAAUCGACACGCUGGACAACUCAGACAUCAGAGAUGCCGAGGACAUUGUGAAACUUUUGAAACCUUUAAAAACAGCCACCACUGUGCUCAGUGAUGAGCACAAUCCCACAGUGUCACUCAUUGUCCCUCUAAAAUACAUGAUUGAGCAAAGCAUGGAAAGUAAUGAAGAAGACUCUGUCACAGUGACGGCAAUGAAGGCAGCUAUACUGAGCAAUCUGUCAGACAGGUAUACAAGGGAAUACAGCUAUUUGCUGGAGUGUACUGCAGUUGACCCCAGAUUUCGCACCCUACCCAAUCUAGAGGAAAACCAGCGCCAGGAUGUCUUCCACAGGAUCAAGAAUAAAGCUGUGCAGCUACUCAAUCAGUCCAGCCUACAAGAGGACACCAGCAGUGAUGGAGGAGCAGAACCCAGUGCUUCAGAACCUACAGUGGAGGCAGACACUGUGCAGCCACAACCCCCUCCCGCCAAGAAGACAGCCUUAGAAGAUCUUCUAGAAGGGACUUUUGAUUCAACUGUUCAUGCUGCUCCAGACCACAUUCAAAUGGUGGAAACAGAAAUCAACAGGUACAGAAGUGAAGAACCCACACCUCUCAAGAGCUGCCCUCUGGACUGGUGGAAUGAGCAUGGUAGGAACUACCCAAAACUUUCUCCACUUGCAAAGUCAUACCUCACCACACCAGCAACUUCAGUAGCAAGUGAACGAGUCUUCUCAACAGCAGGGGACAUUGUUACUAUGCAAAGAUCUCAACUUUUGCCCGAGAAUGUUGACAUAUUGGUGUUUCUUAAAAAAAAAUAUGCCUAAGAAGAAGCACUAGUCUAUUUUUGAUGAUCUCAACUUCUGUUUCUCCAGCUGCAUUGUGUAAUAGCAAGUUGCAUGCAUGAAUGCAGGCGUUCAAAUGUUAAAAAGUGUUUCAAAAGAAAAGAAAGAUGGACUUGUGUUCACAAAUCUUUAGUACAUCUACAUCCGUUUAUUUUCAUGUUUAGUUCUGGUACUAAAAAGAAGUUGCAGUCUAAUACAAUGUCAAUAUUGCAGAGAAAAAACAUUGGCAUUGAUUAUUACACCGUUAUGUCCUGUAAGUUUUCUUUCUGAGAAAUAGCUGGAGAGUGGAGACUGGAACUAAAUGCAGAUGUUGAAAUAAAAGAAAAACCUUUUGGUAUUAAAAAAGUGUCAUAUUAAUUUUGUAAAUAGGGUUCUAAAAAAGUAAAAAUAAAAUCGAAAAAAAUCGAAAUCGGGAAGUUGAAAUCGAAAAUCGAAUCGAAUCGGGGCUUGAGUGAAUCGUUACAUCCCUACUGACCUCUCAUCCAAAUUUGAUCGACCUAAUUCACAUUUCUUCCGAUAUCUUCAGGGUAGAGAUUUUGUCAAGAAAAUAUUUCCUCAUUUCCCUAACCGACCUCCUGAAACAUACCUAGACACUCUUUUGGAAACGGACCCCAAACAAAGAAAAUGUAUUUCAAUCCUUUAUAAUAUGUUUGACAAAGCCAAUUUAAAGUCUAUUACUUCAAUCAAAGUGAGAUGGGAAGAAGAACUCCAGACAUCUUUGUCCGAACAAAAGUGGGAAUUAGCUGUGAAGCUGAUUAAUACAUCCUCAAUUUGUGC